AUCCGUCUCCCCCCCCUCUCCUCUCUCUCCAAUCCCUCCAUCGCACACAACCCACGCCGCCGCGCAUAGCCUGUCGCCAACGUUCUCACCAUGCCACCGCCACCUCACCUCGAAGGCCACCCGCUCCUUUUCCCCCAACCCCCGCCCAAUCUCUUGCCUCCCUGAAUCUGGCAUCACCUCUCUCUCUCUCGGAUUUCUCUGGAAAUCACCGCCGCUAGGGGCACCGUUCUCCACCACUCACACCUCGACACCAUCGAUAGUCCUCUAUCGGAGUCACCUUCUCCUCCACACCUAGCUUAGUAGCCCAAGGGCAAAAGUCUCUCUGCUUCUCUCUCUGCUAAAUCUCUCAGGAACCACUCCAUUGCGCCGAGCACCUCUUGGUCUCUCUCUCAUAUGUAUGCCUCCUCGGUCCUGCUUAGCCACGAGAACCACCAUGCUCUCAUCUUAGACUUGUGAGGUGCUUUGUGAUGGAGAGGAUUAUAGCAGGUUAAGACCACUGAGUUACCGAGGUGCAGAUUUGUUUGUCUUAGCUUUCUCAUUAAUCAGUAGGGCAAGCUAUGAAAAUGUUCAUAAGAAGUGGAUGCCUGAACUUCGUCAAUUUGCACCCAAUGUUCCAAAUAUUGUUCUUGUUGGAACAAAUUUAGGUUGCAAAGCGGUUGGAGAAGUUCAAAACGACAAUUUUCACACAAAUGAGUAGUCUUGCCAUCAAGCAUGGGGCAAUUAACCUUGGCCAAGGCUUUCCCAACUUUGAUGGUCCUGAGUUUGUAAAGGAAGCAGCAAUUCAAGCCAUUAAGGAUGGAAAAAAUCAAUAUGCUCGUGGAUUUGGAGUUUCAGAAUUAAACAAUGCUGUUGCCGAACGGUUCAAGAAAGACACUGGACUUCUGGUGGACCCUGAUAAAGAAGUUACUGUUACCUCUGGUUGCACUGAAGCAAUUGCUUCUACUAUCUUAGGGUUGAUAAAUCCUGGGGAUGAGGUGAUCCUCUUUGCUCCCUUUUAUGAUUCAUAUGAGGCCACUCUCUCCAUGGCUGGUGCCAAUAUUAAAUGUGUAACGUUGCGCCCACCAGAUUUUGCUGUCCCCAUCAAUGAGCUGAAGUCUGCUAUCUCAAAGAAUACACGUGCAAUACUUAUGAAUACUCCCCAUAACCCAACUGGAAAGAUGUUCACCAGAGAAGAACUCAAUCUGAUUGCAUCUCUCUGCAUUGAGAAUGAUGUAUUGGUUUUCGCAGAUGAAGUUUAUGAUAAGUUGGCUUUUGAAAUGGAUCACAUUUCCAUGGCAUCUCUUCCAGGAAUGUAUGAGCGUACUGUUACUAUGAAUUCGUUGGGUAAGACAUUCUCCUUAACAGGGUGGAAAAUUGGGUGGGCAAUAGCUCCUCCGCAUUUGACGUGGGGAGUGCGGCAGGCACAUUCUUACCUCACUUUUUCUACUUCCACUCCAAUGCAGUGGGCCGCAUCAGUUGCACUUAGAGCCCCAGAGUCUUACUAUGCGGAGCUUAAGAGAGAUUACAUGGCAAAGAAGGCAAUUCUGGUGGAGGGAUUGAAGGCUGUCGGUUUCAAGGUAUUUCCAUCAAGUGGAACCUACUUUGUGGUUGUAGAUCAUACCCCUUUUGGGCUGGAAAAUGAUGUUGCUUUUUGCGAGUAUCUGAUCAAGGAAGUUGGGGUUGUAGCAAUUCCGACCAGCGUAUUUUACUUAAACCCUGAAGAUGGAAAGAAUCUGGUGCGAUUUACAUUCUGCAAGGAUGAGGAAACACUGAAGGCUGCAGUCAAGAGGCUGAAGGAGAAGUUGAUGAGAAAAUAAUGCUGAUGUAUGUAUUUAAAUCACUUUGGACUUGAGUCAUUCAUCGAAUGGAAGUGUUCGUGUUGCAAUGUUAAGCACUUAAGGUUGAAAGUGAAGUAUUUUUCUGCAUACCAAUUUAAAGACAAGUUUCUCAAGUCAUGAUUUAUCUAAA